AUGAGUGUGAUGAGAGACUCUGGAUCACUGAGCCGGCCGCUCACCGCCUCCAAACGCCACAAGAGUGUGAGGAAGAGCUCCAGGAACAUCUACACACCCUACCAGCACAAUGCUGGCUCCUCAGACGAUGAAGAUAAGGACGUGGAGCGGGUGGACAGUAACGACCCAGAGGAAAUGUUCCAGAACAUUCAGUACCAGAAAGAAAUCAUCGCCAACAUCCGGUCGCGACCCUGGCCCAUGAGACGCAAGCUCAAGGUCCUCAGACAGGCCAGGGAGAUCGUACUGAAGUAUGAAGGAAGGCUAACCAGGACCAGAGGAUACCAGGCAGCCGGGGCAGAGCUGCUGAAAAAGUUGUCAAGAGUUCUCUACAACAUCCUGGUUUUGUUUAUCCCAUGGGAAGUGAGGAUUAAAAAGAUUGAAAGUCACUUUGGAUCUGGUGUCGCGUCCUAUUUUAUUUUCCUGCGGUGGCUGUUCGGGAUCAACAUCGUCCUCACCAUCUUGACCGGAGCCUUCAUCGUCCUGCCUGAGCUCCUCGCCGGCGCUCCGUUCGGAACCACGCGCAGCAAAACCAUCCCCAAAGAUCUGCUGCCCUCCGCCCAGGACCUGGACACCAUCUGGUCACUCGGGGGGUACCUGCAGUAUUCCGUGCUCUUCUACGGCUAUUAUGGAAACGUCCGUAAGAUCGGGCGCGCCGGGUACCGCCUCCCUCUGGCGUACUUCCUCGUGGGCAUGGCGGUGUUCGCCUACAGCUUCAUCACGCUGCUGAGAAAGAUGGCGAAGAACUCCCGUCUGAGUUUGUCCAGCGCGUCCAGUGAGAACUACACCUUCUGCUGGAGGAUCUUCUGCGCCUGGGAUUAUCUGAUCGGCAACCCAGAGGCGGCCGAGAGCAAAGCGGCGGCUAUAGUCAACAACGUCAGGGAGGCCAUCGUGGAGGAGCAGGAGAAGAAGAAGGAGACCAGCCUAGCCGUUCUGAUCAGUCUGAGGAUCCUGGCGAACAUCCUGGUUCUUCUCUCUCUGGCCGGCAGCAUCUACAUCAUCUACUUCGUGGUGGAUCGUUCUCAGAAGCUGGAGCAGCAGAAAGCCGAGCUGACGUUGUGGGAGAAGAACGAGGUGAGCGUGGUGGUCUCCCUCAUCACCAUGAUCGCCCCCUCGGCGUUCGAGCUGGUGGCACAGCUGGAGAUGUACCACCCCCGUACCAGCCUCCGCUUCCAGCUCGGCAGGGUGCUGGUGUUGUACCUGGGAAACCUCUACAGCCUGAUCAUCGCCCUGCUGGAUAAAGUCAACAGCAUGAGCUCCGAGGUUCCUGGGAACUGGACCGACUCCACAUCCUACCUGGCCACCAUCUCCCAACCCGCCGAGACCAACCUGUCUACCAUCGUCCCGGAGAUCACCGAGGGACGGAACAGCACCGUCGUCAUGGAACUGAACCGCACCGUCACCACCACCAUGAGCAUCAGGAGCGGCGUCUCGGCAGGGCCGCUGGUGAUCAACCAGUCUGUCCUGUAUGAAUAUAACAGCAGGAGCAAGCAGAACCAGUGCUGGGAGACCUACGUCGGACAGGAAAUGCUGAAGCUCUCCAUCAUCGACAUGAUCUUCACGGUGGCGAGCAUCCUGCUGAUCGAUUUCAUCCGAGGGCUGGUGGUUCGAUACCUGAGCGACUGCUGCUGCUGGGACCUGGAGAGCAAGUUCCCUGAAUACGGUGAAUUCAAGAUCGCCGAGAACGUUCUGCACCUCAUCUACAACCAGGGAAUGAUCUGGAUGGGGGCGUUCUUCUCACCCUGCCUACCCGCCUUCAACGUGAUGAAGCUGAUUGGGCUGAUGUACCUGCGGAGCUGGGCGGUGCUCACCUGUAACGUCCCUCAUCAGCAGGUCUUCAGGGCCUCCAGAUCGAAUAAUUUCUACCUGGCCAUGCUGCUCUUCAUGCUCUUCCUCUGCAUGCUGCCCACCAUCUUCGCCAUCGUGCGGUACCGCCCGUCUCAGCACUGCGGACCUUUUAGCGGUCAGGAGAAGAUCUACGACAUCAUCUCAGAGACGAUCGAGAACGACUUCCCCGCCUGGUUCAGCAGGGUGAUGGGUUACGUCACCAGUCCUGUGGUGGUGCUGCCGGCCCUCCUGCUCCUCUUCAUGCUGAUCUACUACCUGCAGUCCAUCGCCAGGUCCCUCAAGUUCACCAACAACAUGCUGAGGAUGCAGCUGCAGACCGAACGAACAGAUGACAAAAAGAAAGUCUUUCAGCUGGCUGCAGUCCAUUUAUUUCCACUUGCAGCCACCAGGGGGCUCCAGCCACCGGAGGGCGGCGAUCCCAAACCCGCACAGGAGAGUGACAUCACAAGCAUGGAGUCCCCGGCCCGCUCUACGUCUCCGCCGCGCCGCAACGGCAUCGUCACUAACUUCGUGUCCCCCGGUCACCGUGGCAACAGCAUCCGCACCAUCGCCCAGUCGGCCCCUCGGCCCGAGGACAGGAGCCCCUCCGUCCUCGUCAGACCCAAACCCGCCAGUGCUUACAGGUUAUACGGCAGUCCGGUCGUACCGCAGAGGGAGAGUCGCAGGGCGGAGUACAUCCCAGUCAGACAUCCAGCUUAUUCAACCCGCUCCAAGUCCUACAACCACAUGGCCUACAACCCUGGUCCGUCGGUCCGCUUCUCUGAGAGCAUCCACUCGGAGCCAGUGUUCAGAAAAGGUCUCAGACCGGUGCAUCCUGACCCUGGCAUCAUCACUGCCCAGAGCUACGUGGGUCGACGGGCACACACUACCCGCUACGUCAUCCUGAACGAGCACGAACGUCGCAAGAAGCAGAUGCGCUCCACCUCGCGCGUACCCAGACACUACCGCCUGAUCGACGAGCCGACCGAGAUCGUAGAGCUCUACCCGCGCAGCGUGAAGUGCUACAUUCCACGUACCCAACAGCCCCACCUGAGCGAAGAGGAGGAGGAAGAGGAGGCCAACGAGGGAGGGAGGAGAGGGUCUUUGGGGCACUCGCACCGCCCGAGGUCGCUCUCCGAUCUCCAUCAGCCAGCGCGCUUUUACAUCGGUGACACUGUCGAUAGCCGCCUGGCGAGAAGGAUCUACAACGAGGGAGAUGAGGAUUACAGAGCCUGGGAGGAGGCAGGGUCUCACAGCCGUUCCAGAACGAACCUCAAGGCCACGGAGUCUCCACAAAGGCACGGAGAACCUCAGGUCAAGCCUAAGAGCAAGCGUAAAGGGGAACCGUCGCUGACCGAAUCCGAUUCAGCGUCACUGGAGUCCAGCAGCGACCAGCAGAACAGCAGCACCGAUCAGUACAUCCAGGUUAUUCAUAACAAAGAGAAAUACCUGAAACCCAGCACCAAAGCCGGCAAAAAGAAGUCCAAAACCAACGUGGAACUAAACGCUCCUGCAGCAAAAGAUCUGGUGUGCUCAAAAGUUUGA